AUGUACUGGAAUUCACGCACUGACGCUCUCCAGUUCAAGUACACGCUACCGCAAGAGACGCCAAAGACAAAAAGAGCUAUUUUGUCUGAAAUCGCUAAGCUGUAUGACCCGCUAGGACUUCUCGCACCAAUAGUAGUCAAAGCCAAGAUCUUCAUGCAAGAUCUGUGGUUAGAUAGAGUGUCAUGGGACGAACAACUGUCACCAUCACUCAUACACAAAUGGACUGGAUACCGCGAUGAUCUCCGCAACAUAGAGUCAAUCCGCAUUCCACGCUGGAAUAAUAUAGCACCCGGAGCAACUAUGGAAUUGCACGGGUUCUCAGACGCUUCGCAGAACGCUAUGGCUGCCGCUGUGUAUUUGAGAGUCACUGACGCUGAUGGGAACACAAAAGUCUCACUUCUGUGUUUCAAAACGCAAGUAGCACCGCUGAAGACUAUGACAAUUCCACGCUUGGAAUUAUCAGCCGCAUGGUUGUUAACACAACUGAUACUUCAUGUUAAAGAAGUUCAGUCACUUGGAAAUGUCAGGAUAAAUCUCUGGACUGACUCCGCCGUGACUCUCGCAUGGAUUAAAAGUCCAGCAACCCGCUGGAAGACAUUCGUCCGCAAUAGAGUGGGAAAAAUCCAAGAAACGCUUCGAGAUGUCUCCUGGAAAUUUAUUCCAGGAAAACAAAACCCAGCUGACUGCGCUUCAAGAGGUAUACCUACGCUAAAACUAAAGCAACACGCUCUCUGGUGGCAUGGACCUACGUGGCUUCAUGAACCAGAAUCCUCUUGGCCCACUCUUGAGCCUCCAACCGACAACGCAACGCAUCGAGAAGAACGCCAAGGUCUGACAUUAGUAACUUGGAAAGCAGAAAAUUGCCUUCUCCAACAAUUACUAUCGCAUUACUCGCAGCUGUUUCCAUUACUUAGGAAGCUCAGCAUCUGGCAUCGUGUCAUCGACCGCUUCAAAAGAGUUCCACAAUCUUCGCUGGCCUACCCGCUUACUCCAUCAGACCUGGAGCGCGCUAAAUUGACUUUGAUUAAGUUCACUCAAGGACAAUAUUUCGCUAGAGAGAUUCAUACGUUUCAAGAUGGUGAUGAUCUGCCAAAAAACAACAGCAUCACUAAGCUGACUCCGUUCAUCGACCAUCAGGGGGUCCUGAGAGUCGGUGGCCGCUUAAAAAACGCAUUAUUGGACCCAGAAGAGAAGCAUCCAGCAAUACUGCCGAGACAUUCACCGCUUACAUCAAUAUUGAUUGAUGAUUCGCACCGCAAAACGCUUCACGGAGGUACUCAGCUCACGCUCGCUGAAUUACGCAAAGCUGUCUGGAUCAUUGGAGGCCGUGUUCCAGUCAGAUCCUUUAUUCUACGCUGUGUAAUUUGCACGAGACAUCGUGGAGAACGCGCUCAACAGCUGAUGGGUCAACUACCUGCCGCACGAGUACAGCCAACUCGAGCCUUUUUGCAUACAGGACUCGAUUAUGCUGGACCCAUCACGCUAAAAACGUUUCAAGGACGUGGAGCAAAAACAUACAAAGGCUGGAUUGCUGUCUUUGUAUGCAUGUUCAGCUCAGCUGUUCAUCUAGAGCUAGUCACUGACUACACCGCUGCCGCUUUCAUCGCCGCUUAUCGCCGCUUCACUAGUCGCCGAGGUAUCUGCCACACGCUAUAUUCUGACUGUGGAACCAAUUUCGUAGGAGCAGAAAAAGAGCUGAAACGACUAUUCGCAGCAGGAUCCCGCACAUUACGAGAAUUAUCAAGUCUGAUCGCGCAAGAUGGCACGAACUGGAAAUUCAAUCCGCCUGGAGCUCCACAUUUUGGAGGAAAAUGGGAAGCCGCUGUGAAAUCUAUUAAAUUUCACCUCCGAAGAACAAUCGGAGACUCGCUAUUGACGCUUGAGCAGUAUUCGACGCUACUGGCUCAAAUUGAAGCCAUAUUGAAUUCCAGACCGCUUACACCGCUUAAUGAAGAUCCUGCUGACCUGGCUGUAUUAACUCCAGGUCAUUUCUUAAUCGGACAGUCAUUGACCGCAGUCCCAGAGCCAUCGCUGACAGAUUUACAACCUGCUCGGCUCUCGCACUGGGAACAAGUCCAGCAAAUGGUGCAACAUUUCUGGAAACGCUACUACCAGGACUGUAUCCACCGCUACCAGGCCAUUUCAAAGUGGCAUCAUCAACGCAACCAGAUCAAAGUGGGUUCAGUUGUACUGAUCACCACUGAGGAUCUUCCGCCAACCAAGUGGCCAUUAGCCAAAGUGAUUGCUGUCCAUCCAGGAGCAGAUGGACAAAUCCGCGUGGUAACUGUGAAGACAGUUAACACAGAGCUGGUACGCCCAAUUACAAAGCUUUGUGUCUUGCCACUGACGCAUGAAGAGGAUGAUCUUGUCGACGCAGCCGCCAACGCCGGGGAGAAUGUUCAGUGA